CUAAACGCACACUCACACUAUUCUUGUAAGCUCAUGCAUGAAUUGUGGGCCAAAAACGACAUCAUUGAUAUAAACCUUAAAAGACUGUCAUUUAAAAAAAUAUAUAACUAAUAUAAUUAUAUUUAAAUUACAUUUUUUUAUUAACUUUUUUCACGGCGUAAAAAAAAAUUAUGAUUGCUUUUAUGAUUAAGAACCUGUGAUUAAGCAAUAAAUCUUCACAAAAUGCCCUGAAGAAGACAUGUAGUUGAAUAUUUUAAUUAAAGACUGCUAAUUCCAUUAGACUCAAGUAAAUCGAUUUCACACUUAUAAUACCUUCUUUAUUGAACAAUAAUAUAUAACUUAUUUCUUCUUUAAUAACUGAUUUAAUGUGAUUUAACACAAAUUCUAUAAACGUAUACGUAUUACAGUAAUUAUUUAAUUAUAUAUUGGUUUAAUUUUAUGAAAAAUUGAAAUGUUUUUAAAAAUUUCUGUUAAAUCUAACAGACAUAAAUUUAUGAAAGGUAAAAAAUCCUAGCAAAAUUUAGUUUGUUUUCAGGACAAAAUGGCGGAGCCGCUAAACCUAACCGGUUUUGUGGGUUUGGACCCGAACACGUCUGAGAUCUGUACUAUAGAAGCAUCUUGUGUUACGGGAUUUGAACCAAUGGCACAAGAAGAGAUUCAGGAAAUUUUAGGAUCUUCUGGAACAGUGCACAGAGGUCGGGUGGUCUUUGACCUCCCAGUUUCAAGGAUCAAGGAGGUUCUGACCCUGAGGACGGUGAACAACCUCUGGGUCAUGGUUGGACAUACACACAAGUUUGUAUACCCGGAGAAAGCAGAGGAGCAAUUAAUUGCUCUAGCUGACUUUGCUGGAGGUCUAGACUGGAGCAAAGGAUUGGAUACAUGGAGCAAAGCAUUUGAUUUCAAGGGAAAUCUAUACCCAACACAAGCUGGAGAAAAUACUGAACAGGUCGCAGAAUCUGAGAGAAUUCCUAGCUUUCGUUGUAGUUGUUACAGAUCUGGAACUAACCAUGCGUUUAAAUCCUCGGACGCUCAAAUUACUGUCGGAGGAAGAAUCCAAGAUAAAUUUUUAUGGAACGUGAAGAUGAAAAACUACGAUAUUGAGGUUGUGAUGAACUGUGAUGUGGAUCAAGUAUAUGUAGGAGUUGCUCUCAACAAUUCAUCUCUCUUUAAUAGAACAUUAUCACAUUUUGGACCGACCAGCCUGAGACCAACAAUUUGCGCGGCAAUGGUGCGCUUAGCAAAGGUUAAAGUUGGAGAAAUAGUUUUGGAUCCCAUGUGUGGAGGUGGAUCCAUACCGUUGGAGGGAUCACAGAUGGAUUCUCAUGCAUUUUAUCUAGGUGGAGAAAUACACGACAAAGCUAUCAUGCGUACCCGGAACAACCUGACUGACCUGUGUGCGCGGAUGGAUCUGAAGCAUGGAACUAAAAUGGAUUGCUUGCAGUGGAGCGCGUUGAACCCCUGCCUCCGGGAUAACUCCGUCGAUGUGAUCAUUACUGACCUCCCGUUCGGGAAACGGAGCGGGUCAAAGGCAGACAACAGGGUUCUCUAUCCGCAAACAUUAAAAGCUAUGGCUCGUAUAGUUAGACCAGAAACUGGCAGAGCUGUUCUACUCACACAGGACAAAACCUCGAUGUUUAAGACGAUGGGUUCUGUCUCCAAGUACUGGAAACUUCAGAAGAAUUUCUCCUGUAAUAUCGGAGGAUUAACCGCUCUAAUAUUCAUGUUUCAACGAACUAUGGAGUCGCCGUAGCAAUCCUUAGUAUAAUAAUUAUGAUAUGAAUUUUAACAUUAACUUAAAAUGGCGGUCAUGGUGCCUAAAUUUUAAGAACAUGAAGCGCGCUUAUGUGUUAUGCCCCGCAACAUUUUGAACGGUUUUUCAUAUUUUCAG